GGAGACUGCGGUUCGUUUAAUGCGCGUGCGUGAAACGUCACCGCUGUAUGCGGCUGAGGGAUGGUAGGGGCAUAUGCUUGCUGCUGAUGCUGAUGAUGUGAACGUCCUCUGGCUCUAAUCACCAUUUAGCACCAGAAUAUCGUUAGUUCAAUAUUAGCAACAUAUGUUUUAUGAUUGACAUUUCCCGGGGACUUUUUAGACGGACAUUGUGUUUUUGUUAAGCGUUAGCUUUUCAAAUACAUUUCGCGAGGCCAGGAUUGAAAAGCUGGAACAUUUUUAAGCAAGCAAGAAAGCAGACUGAAUUUGUUCCUGGACCCUGACACAGGUGUAUUCUUUGGAUUCGAAACGUCUGGAGAAAAACACCAAACGCAGAUGAAAAUGAGAAUUGUCGACGUAUAGCGUAUCAACUGACUUUACCGGGAAGAAGAAACUAGCCAGGUCUUUAAAUCAAGUCUAAUUUAGUUUACAAAUCAAAAGGGACGAAUCAUUGGCUUGUUGUUAGCUAGCCCGCUAAGUUAUUGUAGCUAGCUAACGUUAGUCAACAGCUAACGUUGGCUAGCUGUAUACUAUAUACAGCUACUUAGCUUGAUCAUAUUUAGGGAGUCUCAGCUAGCCAGAUUAACGAACAUCUUUUUGUCAGUCAGCAGGCAAAAUAACAUGUCUUAUGGCUAAUCAAUAAGGGGUCAGGCGUUGGUAACGACUGUAUCUAGCUAGUAGUUAUUAUUGUUUUGUAUAUGAAUUUACGAAUUUUCGAAUAUUUGGUGUGUAAACUGUACAGUACAUCCACUGUUAAUUGCAUAUCGCUUUCAGUAGAAGCUGUUCAGUUAAAAUGGUUUCAUUUUUAAACCAAAUUAUUGAUAACCCAGGGCCAAUACAUGUUAACUAGCUAUUUUAAUGUACUUUAACGUUGGUGGUAUUUCAUUUAUUACAUCAAUUUUAUAGCAUGAAUCCCGUAUUCUGAUUAUUUUCAGACAGGACAAGUGUUGACAGGCACUAAUCAGGACGCUGCUGCACAACGACCAGGCCAGGUCCUCACUAUGCUGGAGAUGGGAAUAAUUCAUUUGUGUUUUAGAUAACACGCCGUUUUUCACAUAUGCCUCCUUGGUUGGACCAUUUUCUAGGAAGCUGAACUAAAGUCAUUAUCACGGAAAUCACCCUUUGGUUUUUUGAUUUAUUGUUUUUAAUAAUAUAAUAGUCAUUGUAUAAUAUUUGCUUGUAGCCCUUAGAACAUUUAUGUAGUCAUAGUUCUGUUUUAGAAUGCCAGGAAUAUAUUUUUGUACAUGUGACAGUAAAGUUCAUUAUUUCAUUUGAAACACACCAUUGGUUUAGUUAUUGACAACAUUUGAGUGCAUGGUAGGACAUACAUGUGAUGGUAGUGGCUCUUAUGAGCAUAAUCAACCAUUAUGUCAAGUAAACAAAACAACAUACCUUCGAAGUCAACUGGUUUUUAGAACUGUUUUUUUUAAUGGGUUUUAAGGGUUUACGUAGUGCUAAGAUGUCGUAACUCCAGAUAAUUUCAGAUUUAGACACUGAAGCCAGGUGUUUUAUUUAACAUUAUCCAUAUCAUGAGAUCCAAUGAACCAAUGGAUCUCAUGAAAGAUGCUGACUACCAAUAACAACAAUAUUGAAAUUGAGGAAGAAAUAGGAAUUCGAAGUAUUCACAGAUUUGCUCAGGAAUUGUUCAUUUAGAUGGAACAGACUCUGAUGUCUAGCCCUCUUGGGCAUUCAGAGUGGGAUCCAGAAUGCAAACGCUCCCAUGGAUUCAGACUCAUGGAUUCAGACAAAGGAGCUAUACUGCCUCCAAGAGAAAGCGGUCAGACGGAUUUGCAUUUCCAGAAGGUCGACCAGGAUGUAUCACUAAGCCUGGAAGAGCUUUUUCAGGAGAACGCCUUAAAUUUAGACAGCCUUUUUAGGACCUCCAGUUUCUCUGGUGGAGACCAGAUCUUGCCAUGGGAGGGAGCUCAAUCUAAUCAUUCCGAAGAUGUUGUGCCGGACAUGUUAUCUCCUUUCCAAGACAAAACUGUGGAACAUAAUGCCUCUGACGGUCCUCUGCCUACGGCUAAUUUGCUCAGGGACAACUCACCCUGUGAGGAACUACGUCCCCAGCAAGAUCCAUCUGUGAGUGACACAGACUCUGUUACCUGUGACAAGGAACUCAUAACCUUUAGUGAACCACCUUCCCCUGUGAAGUUUUCAGGUAGGACUCCAGAAACCAACACUGAAACUUCUUCAGGUGACGGAAACUCACAGAAUGACAGCACCCCUUCCUCCCCUGGUCCUGCUCCUUCAGGUGAAGUAAACCCACAGGGUGUCAGUGAGGAGCUUUUACUCCUUUUGCUGGAUAGGGGCCUCCCUCCCUUGCAGGGCGGAGAGACUGUGUCACCUGAAACGGAGGACAAAGGUUUAUUCCUGGAAUCUGUGACUGAUCUGUCCGCAGUUGGUAACAUUACCUCAGAAGGUUCACCUGAGAGCAGUCUCUCACACAACGCCAUCCCUACUGAAUGCCUUAGUGAAUCAACAGAGAUACUGGUGGGAUCUGUGCCUUUGCUAGAUCUGGAGGUUCCUGACUGGGACAGCAGCCUAAGCCUCUGCCCUACACACAUCCAAUCAGCUUCCUGCACAGGUGCAACAUCAGAUUCACCUGCAGAGGAUUCAAAGCAGGAACACGCAUCGGCUACUGCAAUCUUGACUCUCUCAGAGCACCGAGGUGGGGGGGACUCGUCCAUCUUUCUGAACUCCUCACCAUUGAUCGAACCCCAGUCGCCAAAAGUCCUUUACGACGAAUAUGCUUCAGUCCUGGGUCACCUGCCCACUGGCUGCAGCUCCGAGGAGGGUGGCAGCCAGGUUUUGAUGGAUAACGAAAUUAUCUUUGUUUCCAAACAUGAAGGUGAAGAGGAAAUGGCUCUGGAUCAGUGCUUGACCAUAGAUUCGUUACACAAUCAGGAAACGUGGGACUUGAAACCACCUGAGGCUAUACAGGGGGAGAGUGUUCCUGCUUUAAAAAACGAACAGGGCGAUGGGGAAAGGCUGGUAGACUUGGACAUGUUUGCCCGACCCACCGAUUUUCAGAAACCGGGCCGUUUUGACUGCACAGUCCUUGAGUUGAAUGUUUCGUCUUCGGGGUCUGGAUGGACAAGUGAACAAGCAGUGGAGACUCUGUCACUCUCUAAGAUGGUGGGGUCUGACUCCAUUCCUGUUACCCCCAUAGUGAAUCAGAGAGAGGAAGAAGAGUCCCCUCUUAAGGCUGUGUUUGAUGCUCUGGACCAGGAUGGGGAUGGAUUUGUACGCAUUGAGGAGUUUAUGGAGUUCGCUGCUGCAUAUGGAGCUGACCAGGUGAAGGAUCUGACCAAGUUCCUGGAUCCCAGUGGGCUGGGUGUGAUCAGCUUCGAGGACUUCCAUCGAGGAAUCUCUGCCAUCAGCAAUGGAGGUAUGGAGCCCCAGCUUUACGACGUGCACUUCAGCCCAGGGGAUGGCGCUGUGGGCUGCCCAGAGGAGUAUGACGAGCAGAACGAGGUGACGGACAGCGCGUACCUGGGCUCUGAGAGCACGUACAGCGAGUGUGAGAUGUUCACGGAUGAAGACACCGGAGCCCUCGUCCAGCCCGAGAUGCACGAGGACGUGGAGACGGACAGCGGCAUCGAGGCCACGCUGCACGAUCCCGAGGACAGCAGCAACAGGUUUUCCCUGAGCUCGGAGUUGCACAGCCACUCCCUGGUGACCGUGAUCGGGGGUGAGGAGGAGCACUUUGAAGACUUUGGGGAGAGCAACUCCUCGGAACUCCUCCUGGACACCACUGAGGAGGGGACAGAGGGGGAGGGGGACUCAUCCCACCUCCAGACCCCUGACCAGAAAUGCUGCUCCUCAAUGUUACUUUCACCCAGCUCCAGCAAGAGGCUGUCCAGCAAGAAAGUGGCACGACACCUCCUCCAGAACAGCUCCAUGACACUGGACGGCAUGGGUGAGCUGUCGCGGGACAUUCUGGACCUAGCCGACACCGACAUCACUGACAAGGUGCUACUCCUGGAGCGUCGCGUGGCGGAGCUGGAGCAGGACUCCGAGGUCAGCGGGGAGCAGCACGCGCGCCUCCGCCAGGAGAACCUGCAGCUGGUGCACCGGGCCAACGCCCUGGAGGAGCAACUCAAAGAACAGGAGCUCCGUUCUGACGACCACCUGCACCAGGAGACCCGGCGCCAUAAGGACGCUCUCACCAAGCUGGAGCGGGAGAAGGGCCUGGAGCUGGAGAACCUGCAGGCCAGGCUGCAGCAGCUGGACGAGGAGAACAGUGAGCUGAGGUCCUGCGUGCCCUGCUACCGGGCCAACAUCGAGAGACUAGAGGAGGAGAAGCGAAAGCUGGAGGACGAGGUGGAGGACGUGACGGAAAGGCUGAACGAGGAGCUGGAAACACGCAGGAAGACGUCGGAUAAGCUGGCCCACGAGCGUCACCAGAACCAGAAGGAGAAGGCGCACACGCAGGAGCUGAUCGAGGACCUGCGGAAGCAGCUGGAGCACCUGCAGCUGUACAAGCUAGAGGCGGAGGCCAGGAGGGGGCGCUCUCCCAGCGCCGGACUGCAGGAGUACCAGAGCCGCACGCGCGAGGCGGAGCUUGAGCAGGAGAUCCGCCGGCUAAAGCAGGACAACCGCACGCUGAAGGAGCAGAACGACGAGCUGAACGGACAGAUCAUCAACCUGAGCAUCCAGGGGGCCAAGAACCUGGUGACUGCCUCCUUCUCCGAGUCGCUGGCCGCCGAGAUCAACUCUGUGUCCCGCGGAGAAUUAAUGGAGGCGAUCCGUAAGCAGGAGGAUGUCAACUACCGACUACAGGACUACAUCGACCGCAUCAUCGUGGCCAUAAUGGAGUCCAACCCCUCCAUGCUGGAGGUCAAGUAGAUGAGUUUUGAAACAGGGCAUCUCUGAGCGCCUCCGACUCACUGGACUUCAGUUGGAGGGACUGGCUAAAGACUGUCCACCACAAAAGAAUACCUAAAACUUUAUCAGGUGGAAGAAAAGCACUCCGAUUACCCUUACAGAGGAUUAAAGAUGUAUCACUAUUUGUCACUUUUGGUGGCUGUCUAUAUAUAUAUAUUGUCUGUACGAAAAUAAGCUACAUGGUUGGACGUACUGAAGAUUUGAGUUUUGCUUUCUGUGUGUCUUCCCUCUUUCAUACAGUAGGCUUUGGUGCUGAUGACUUCCCUGCAUUUGGGUAGAGGGACCGGAGUUUCACUUGUGUGUCUGAGCUUGUUUUUGUGUUCCAAGGAACACUUGGGUUCAACUCCAGGGAAGAGCUGGUUAACUUGUCACUGUUCCCUUAAAUAUAUUUUUUGGCAAUAAAAUGAGUCCUAAUGGUUAUGAUUCUGAAACAUCUGGUCUUACAUAUCAACCAAUAUUUUACCCUGAGCUCAGUAAAUGAACUCGGGGUGUGUUUGAGCACGUUCUUCUGUAUCAGUCAUUUUAUUUUUUUGGAAACAUACGAAGUGCUCACCAGGAGACUAGGUCGGAUGAAGUCGACCCAUGCUGCUCCAACCGCUCACCACGUCCUACGUUAACCGUUUUGUGUUUUGCUGUGGGACUCUCUCUCCUAAUUUGAUUUGGAUUCUCUACACAGUGUGAGUUAAGGUCACCCAGGUGAGGGACAUUUCCUCCUGUAGAUGAGAAACGCCCCGAGGGUGAGGAGUCAACGUGUGUGUGUGCGCACGUGCGCAGUGCUUUGCUUCCAUUGCUUGCAGUAUGUUUUUGAAGAACAUGGUGUUUUGACUACAGUGGUUAGAACCACCAAGGCUCCGCUGGCAUCUCUGGUGGUCUCACUCUUUGCUGCAUCCAUUUGUUUUUACAAUGAAACGGAGUCCUAGGAGGUCAGGUGGGGCUAAAUACUCCAAUCAGAACGCUUCCAUCACAACGCUUUUGUGUGAACUCCGACAUUAGGGUUGUUCAACUGACAUGCUGUCAUGGCUAACUUAAAUGUUGUUCAUACUGACACAUUUAUUUAAUGGUGUGAAUUCAUUAGAUCAAACAGAACGGUUCUUAGACUAGUUUUCUAUUGAGCUGGGGGCAUGGGGAGGUAUAGUUCUUUGGAGUGCGAUGGACCCACCUGAUCUGAAUUGGGCUCUUGCUGAGUGAAAGUGAAAAGUAAGCCAGCAUUAAAUUGUGUAGUCUGCUUGUUACCAAUUCAUUUUUACUGAAUAUGUGAAUUAAGGUAAAUAUGCUUACUGAAGGGAUAGAAUCAGUUGUACUUUUGCACUCUAUUUUUUGAUUAAGACAAAUGUAUUGUUACUUUGUAAAAAAAAAAAAAAACUACAAAAUGAUUGACGGAAUGUUGUCCUAAUGUGAAGAUAACUCUUGUGUAAUAACAUUGAGAAUUGGUCUGAAUACAGACAGACGUGUGGAUAAGGCAGAUUUUCUGGGAGGUUCUAUCAUGAUACUCUGACCUUUUAAUUUGAGGAGCAGUAAUGUUGAACCCUAAGCAAUAACAUUAAGAAGAACAGUGGAAGCGACGAAGGACCGACAUCACAACCGGACGUCAAAGAACUGACCUCUGAACUGAACUCUAUUAUUUUCCGAGCCUCGGUGGACAAAGUCCCAGUCUGAAUCUCCGGAACUUUCCGCCGUGUCUCUGGACAUUAGCAAGUGGAAAUAAAUAAAAAAAGAAGACUACUGAUUCUUGUCAGUGCAGCCUAUUCACCAGUGCACUCUGAGAUUCUGGUACUGGACGUUUUGAAGGAUAAUAACACGGGUGUCUAACUGCUGGAAUUGCAGGCAGCUUGUUUUGUUCCUGUGUCGAAGGGAUGGACAGCAUGGCAUAAUAAACCGACCAACACAGCUAAACUAAAACAUAGCCUUCUACCACCCAUUUAACUCACCACACUUUCUUCCUUGAGCACUCCAUGGAAUAUUGCCAUGGCUGUAAAUAACUUGUACAUGUCAUUUUUUUUUUU